AUGUAUAGACAAAUACCUUUAUCUGUUGCGUUCAGUAGUGAAAACCCUGACGUCAAAAUAAAGGGGAACAGAGUAACGUUUAAGUUUCCAACAGACUGGAUUGUGAACAUAAAUGAAGAGAAGUACAUUGGCAUAACAUCUAUGUAUAUAACACGUGCUUUCAGAAAGGUUGACUUUAUACUUCAAGUCGAGAUAGAAAAUGACGAACAGUCUUUAAGCGCCCAAAACAUUCACAUAUACAAAUACUUUAAAGACGAUACAACAUUGUUGCAAUGUAUGAUUUCAUUUAAUGAAAUGUUCGAGAAAAAGUUUAACAUUGAAGUACAAACUUUACAGCCUUUACGUGAGUUUCUUGCACAACUGAAAGAAGAAGGUAGUCAGCCACAACUUAUAGACUUUCAUUAUGAAUUUAAUGAAAAUGAAGAUGGAACUCAUGACUGUCAAUUCAUUGUAUUCUCACCAUUCAAUGAAGUCGCUAAAGAGAAAGAAAAUCCAUUACGUAUAAGAUUUCAAAUCUCUGAACCAAGUGAUGAUUUCAAGAAUGUUUUCAAUUAUGAUGCAAUGCUUCCGAGGAAAAAUGAAUUUUCAAAGAUU